CUGAGCCUCACGGAUGUCUGCGCUGGCUCUGCGGGGUUCGGGUAGUGCUGGAGCGGACGGGUUCGCGCACCGCGGCGUCAGAGGACGAAAGCUCACGUGUGAGCCCUGAGCGGUGAGUUCAUGCUGCGUUCGAGGACCGCAGUGCGAAUGUAGUCGGACACCGUGUCUGAAGUUGGUUUUCGCAGAGUCACGCUUCGCACAGACGGAGGAAACCGCUCAUCAUCAUCCGGACGCUUCCAGCUGCUGGAGCGAGUCCCACUGGACGCGAUGCGCGCCCUCUCACAUGCACAGACGAACCCGAACGCGUGCGUGUGCGUCAGUCUUCCAUCGUCCUAAGUUGGCAGGUUCAGGUUGGGUCAGGAGGCUGCACACACACAAGCCAAACUGCACUGCAGUGGAUUUCCUCAGGCGUGCGUGCGUGUGCGUGUGUGAGUGUGCGUGUGCGUGUGAGAGUGUGCGUGUGUGAGUGUGCGUGUGCGAGUGUGCGUGUGCGAGUGUGCGUGUGCGAGUGUGCGUGUGUAAGUGUGCGUGUGUGGCGGCUUUGGACUCCUUAUCUGUCGUCUGGAGGUCACUGCGUCCUAGAAAACUGUGCCACCCCACGUUUCAACCAGCGUCAGGCCUCAUGGGAGAGCUGCGACCCAAGUUGGGAUCCAUGCUGUGUUUUUACAGAGCUCGUUUACUUGUAACCAAAGUCUGCAAAACCAUUAAGCUCGUGACGUUCAGGUUUAUGCACGGAGGGGACUUUUCUUCUUGAAGAGGACAAACACAGUGUUAAAUUCCACCUCAGGGAUGAGAUUUUUAUCGUUUCCGUCGUGUCGUCCAGGUACAGAGGACACAGCUAAUCUCAGGAGUCAUCACACGCUCAGCUUCGCCUCAGGGAUUUUUAGCUGAGUCUCAUCUUAUUUUUCAAGGUGUCCACUUCCCCCUAUCGCUGCAGACCUCAGGUACCUUUGGCAUUUUCGCCCGUGGAGCCUCCUGCUUCUCGCCGCCAUGGCAUCGGACACUUUUCAGUACCGGGCGCUGUUCGAGUACAAGCGCGAGCGUGGCGACGACAUCAGCCUGCAGCCGGGCGACCUGCUCACCGUGGCCAAGGCCUCGCUGGCGGAGGACGGGGACGAGCGGAGCCCCAAGGGCUGGCUGCACGGCGUCAACGAGAGGACCAGGGACCGGGGGGACUUCCCAGGGACCUUUGUGGAGUACGUCGGGCCGGUGAGGGCCAGCUGUGCUGCAGCCAAGCCGCGGCCCAGGCCCGUUCCGCCCACGCCGGGGGCUCCGCAGCCUGCGGUGGGGCCUCCGCCGCCUGGAGCAGCUGCUGCUUCAGGUGUGGAGGCGGAGCCUCUGUCCGAGGUGGCGCCCGUGGUGGUUUGGAGACUCGUCAAGUCCAUUGAGAAGCACGGCUUCAACAGCGAGUGUCCGUACGGCGCCGCUGCAGCCUCUGCUGGACCUGCAGAGCUGCGACAGGCUCUGGACUCAGAUCCCGUCUCGGUGGAUCUGGACCAGUACGACCCGGCUUCUCUGACGGACGCCCUCCGAGGCUUCCUGCAGGACCUGCCGGCCCCCCUCGUCCCCGCCCCGGUGUACAGCCAGCUGCUCUACGCUGCUCAAGAGAGCCAGAGUGUGGAGGAGUGUGGGCAGAACCUGAGGAGCAUCCUGGAGUCUCCCAGCAUGCCCUGGGCCAACCGCCAGCUGCUGGGCCACCUCACCAGACACCUGGCCAGGCUCUGCCAGCACGGCCAGGCCGAGCCCCGGCUGCUGGGCCGGGCCUUCGCCCACGCCGUCUUCCAGCACGUGGCCCUCAGUACGGACGUCAACCCGGAGCAUCACAUCAGGAUCCUGGAGGCUCUGAUCACAGCAGGAGGCAUCAUGGAGAUGCAGGAAGCUCCAGCUCUUCCUCCGAAGCCUGCGAAGCCCCAGCAGCCCUGCUCCGUCGGGGUGGGAGGCGGUAGCAACGGCACCAAGGACGGAGGAGCAGGAGGCUCGCUGCAGGAGGCCGAGUGGUACUGGGGAGACAUAUCCAGGGAAGAGGUGAACGAUAAGCUCAGAGACAUGCCUGAUGGGACCUUCUUGGUUCGGGAUGCGUCCACCAAAAUGCAGGGCGACUACACGCUCACGCUGAGGAAAGGGGGCAACAACAAGCUGAUCAAGAUCUACCACCGGGACGGGAAGUACGGCUUCUCUGAGCCGCUGACGUUCAGCUCGGUGGUGGAGCUCAUCUGCCACUACAGACACGAGUCUCUGGCUCAGUACAACACCAAGCUGGACGUCAAACUCAUGUACCCCAUCUCGCGCUUCCAGCAGGACCUGUUGGUUAAGGAAGAUAAUAUUGAUGCUGUGGGGAAGAAGCUUCAGGAAUACCACAACCAGUACCAGGAGAAGAGCAAAGAGUACGACCGUCUGUACGAGGAGUACACCAAGACCUCGCAGGAGAUCCAGAUGAAGCGCACGGCCAUCGAAGCCUUCAACGAGACCAUCAAGAUCUUUGAGGAUCAGUGCCACACACAGGAGCGCUACAGCAAGGACUACAUCGAGCGCUUCCGCCGCGAGGGCAACGACAAGGAGAUAGAGCGAAUCAUGAUGAACUACGAGAAGCUCAAGUCUCGGCUCGGGGAGAUCCACGACAGCAAGGUGCGGCUGGAGCAGGACCUGAAAACACAAGCCAUGGACAACCGCGAGACAGACAAGAAGAUGAACAGCCUGAAGCCCGACCUCAUCCAGCUCCGCAAGAUCAGGGACCAGUAUCUAGUCUGGCUCAAUCACAAAGGAGUCCGUCAGAAACGAAUUAACGACUGGCUGGGAAUCAAGAACGAGAACACGGAUGAGGGCUACUUUGUGAGUGAGGACGAUGAGAACCUGCCUCAUUACGACGAGAAGAGCUGGUUCGUUGGGGACCUGAACCGGACGCAGGCGGAGGAGCUGCUCAUCGGGAAGCCGGACGGCGCCUUUCUGAUCCGGGAAAGCAGCAAGAAGGGCUGCUACGCCUGCUCUGUGGUGUUGGAAGGAGAGGUGAAGCACUGCGUCAUCUACAGCACACCCCGCGGCUUCGGCUUCGCCGAGCCCUACAACCUGUACAGCAGCCUGAAGGACCUGGUGCUCCACUACCACCAGACCUCGCUGGUGCAGCACAACGACUCGCUCAACGUGCGCCUCGCAUACCCCGUCUACGCACACAUGCCCUCCGGACGCAGAUGAAGCCACAGGCCACAGAUGAGCCCACCGUCCCUGAAGGGCACAGCGGCAUGGGCUCCAAGCCCCAACACGCAAACAGAUGGAUAGAAAGAAACUAAACACUUGCUGCAACACACACAUCAGCCACCUUGAAGUUCUAUAUUUUUACAAGAACAAUUUCGGAGGGCAUUCUUUCUAAAGACUGCUUGAUUUGCACAAGGAAGUUUUAAAUGUUUGUGAAUGUGAAAAAACGCAACUGAAGGAAACGGAGACUUCAGAGUUUCAGGUUGACCCGCUGCUACCUAAACUCAGCUCAGACUUUUAGCAGACACUCAGAAACCACAUGAAUGAUGAAGACCACAACGACACAUUUCCAUUUUGUUCCUGCAUUUCGUUUCUUCUGGAGGCGUUUUCAUGUGUCACAUGUGUUUCUUUGUUUAUUUCUACACUUGUUUGUGGAAAAUGCAACAGACGGCGAUGAUGAUGAUGUCAAGUGUCUGUUCUGUCCCCCUAUGUGAAGCAAAAGUAAUGUAGCAUGACAAGAUGACGGACGCUUGCGUUGCCAUGCGUUCCUUCAUGGAGACUGCUGCUGGGGGUCGGGGCGCAGGCGACGCUACACUUUAUAUUCUAAAGAAGGAUAAAGGCUUUUAUACUAACUAGGGUUUCUUUGCUUUGCUGAUCCAGUCUUGACUUUUUUGCCAAUUUGUAAACUGGCAUCACAGAUCAGAACCAGAGACCAAAGGCGGUGUGAAGGGGGAGGGGCGACGAGUCGGCCAGUAAGUUUCACGUUCCUGUUGGUGAAUGGACAAAGGAGCGGAGGAAAGCAAACGAAUGGCGUGUCUGAGACCACAUAGAACCACGCGCUUGUGCACCAAAUAGCCUUGUUGGAAAACCAAAUGGUACGUUAGCAGAAACGCCAGGAGCUUCUGCAAACACAGAUGUUGGAGUCCGAAGCACUUAAAGCCAGUGUGAGACCCAGCGCUCACGCAGCUGAAGAACAACCUGCUCGCUGAGGUUUAGCUAGAAAAGGCACCACUUCCACACAACGCUAGGAAUCCGAAAGGCUAAACUGAGUCUGUCUGACAUCACAUGGUUCGAACCUGCAGGCAGAGACAGAAGUUAGCACAAAACCUGAACGAAGCUGCAAUCUAGCGUGGUCGAUGUGGCUCAGCAGUCAAACGCUUCAGAUGGAACCACAGCGGAGCUUUUAGUCAAACUGAACUUGUGUUUAAUGCUUGGCGUUCGACUUUGUAACCAGUGGAGGCGUUUCAUGUCAGAAUAAAGUAAGAGAAAAUGAGACCUUCACAAAGUGGAGAGAGAAGCCACCAGGUUUCAUUUUAUGCAUUUACAGAAUUUCCCAUUGUGCGACUAAUGAUUUCUUGCUUUGCUCCUCCUUCUGAUGGAAGGGUGGGAGGAGGGGCCGAUAAGCAGCCGUCCCUCCUAGAUGUGGGCUACGCCACUGGUUACAAAGCAGCAUCUCUGGUGUGUCUGAGGGGUCAGGUUUCAGGAAGAAGGCCAUUGAGUGAAUGAUGCAUCUCAGCAUCCUCCUUUCCCACACAUCGGUAACUACGGCAACGUUGCCAAGCUGCAUCUUGGAUAAAAAAGCUGAGCUUAAAGCCACUAAUGACCUGAAGCUGCCGGUGUUGAAUCCAGUUUCUCACGUGGCUUCAUGUCGAGCAGUCGCCAUGACGAUGAGGCGUUAAGGCCAGCUUGCUCAGGCGGUGGGUUCCUAGUGGGUCCAGGAGGUAGAAAGCAACGAUGUGAGCAGGGACUCUGCUCCUGUUGUCUGGGUUUGUGGCUCUGUCGUUUCCCAGGAUUCAGCACGCAGGGUUUGCUGCUGCUCUCUUGAAUGUACAAAAGGAAGGGUCCGGGCCCAAGCGGGCCUUUUGUUGACGUUUCUUUUUUGAAGCACCACUGAUCCGAUCUCUCCAGGUGCUACGACGCAUGCAGGCCCGCGUCUCAUUUCAGUUUAGGUUCUAAACCCUCAGGUGUUCUUGAGUUUACUGUAGGAACUGCAACACAACCAAGCCAGCGAUCUGAAACAAAUCAGGGUUUUUCUGCUUCAGUACUUCAAUCAAGCCGAGCUUAAUCAGCCAGUUAAGCUGCGUCCCGUCAAAAGAAAGGUUCAUCUCUUCUGUUUAGACAGAACGUCAUCUCGCGCUUUUAGAGAUUCCUUCCUGUCUGUCUCCGCAGAAGGAUGUAACUCCCUUGGUUUCUCAUGUUUUUUUUUUUCAUUGGGAACUCUUAUAACAUCUCCCAUCUAUAUUACUUGAACUGAACCACAUCGCUCGCUGUUGAAUGUCUUUCUAUGGAAAUACACAUUUAUUGAAGGAAAAGGUGGAGAGCACCCUCGUUUUCUGCCGAGCAGCUGAGGUUUUUAGAGUUUUAUGACAGAUGUACAGUAUUUGUUACAGGUGGAGAACAAGGAGGCACUUUUUGAAACUUUCCUCAGAUGAGUUGGGAUCUUUCCUGGACAGAGGGCUCGUCUGAAAUUGCACACAUUCUCAUCUAGAAGAGUCGUCGUCUCCAGCAGUGACCUCUGUGUUCAGUCCUUGUUCCCCCGAGACGUCGUCUCCGUCGUCAGUGUGUCCAUAGUCAUUUGAUUUGAUUUUCAUUCUUCUCCAAAACAUUUACACCAAAGAUUUCAGUUCUUGUUGAUCCCUGAGUUUCCUCCUGGGACGUGACGUUUCAGUGGCGCCUUUUGUCUCAUUGCUUUGAAAGCGUGUGGUGUGAAGGACCCGUCCCAGCUGGUGGCUCGUGUUCAUUUGUGGCACAUCGAUCACACGUGAGCUAAUCGGCACUCCUCGGUUCGUGUUCUGACCCAGAAUCACAGCAUUACCACCAACGACCUCAUUUAUUUGCACAUGUUGGCUGCAGCUAGACUUUAGUUGCAAUUACACUUUUCUAUUUCUGUUAUUUUCUGCACAAAUCUUGACAAAACCUUUCUUUCAAUUUAUUGUUGUUUUUUUUGCUUGCUUUGCGUGUGAAUAGAAUCCUAAACUCGUUAGUCAUAGUGGGUUAGUUCUGUGGAGUUCAUCUCUACAGAGCUGCUCAGACUGUGACAGGAGAAUCACUGUGCACAACUGGGAGUUUGAUUCUUUGUUUUUGAUGCAUUUGAAAAAAAAAUGUGUCUAUUUAUUUGGACUCAAGUCAACGUCAGUAAAACGCUGAAGGCAACGCAUUCAUCUCCAGUUUUAUUACUGAUACGUUUUCUGUCUUCUGCAGCACGAUGUUCCUCCAUGUGUCAUGUCAUCCCAUGUCACCUUCCCAUUCUGAGCCAGGGGUUCUUGUGGGAGGGGCCAAUCUAGGCCCCUCCCCCAGCACAGGUGUUACUGACAGCGCAGGGUCGAACGCAGACAGAAGCAAAGGCAGGUCAGAGGGUUGUUGGGACAAACCAAAUGAUCCAUUUGUUACGUUUACUUUUACUGACUGUUUAGUUGAGUUUUACUCAGAACUCGACUCAACCCAAAUAAUCCAGGAACCAGGUUUAGGGUCAGAAAAUAGAGGUAUGUUUAAUCCACACUGAGGCGCAGAAGCUGAGGCCGGCUGCCGCCUCCUUUGUGUGUUUAUACUCACUACCACCCAGGACUGUUAAAAUAGCAACUGUCUGUUGUUCCUCUGCUUCUACUACAAAUACUACUACUAUUAGUACUACUACAGAUACUACUACUCACCUUGAAGCAGUUCUGCAAAGUUUUAUUUGCAGCCAGGUUUGAAUAUGUUUGUGAUUCUCACGAGGAGUCGUGUUGUGUUCUUACCACUGCUUAUCUGAUCACAGUACCCAGCACAGCUUUGAGGAGUAACAGCUUCUUAUAUAUGUGAAAAUACAAAAACUUUUAGAAAAGCUAACGAAAAAAGGAUUUUACAAAGUGUAUAUGACACCCCUCCCCGCUGCCCCUUUUGACAUACGUACAGAUCCAGCAUGCGUUUGUUACUCUUGACUGUUGUUUUUUGUGUAUAAAAGAAAAAUGGUAAAAAAGAUGUCUUUGAAAAAACUGUUAUUUGUCUGUUAAUGAUGUAUUCAGAUCUGAAUUUAUUAUAGCAAGUUUAACAUCACUGCUUACAGCUGAAACAAGUUCCCGUCCUUUUUGUGUCGGUUGAUGCUGAGAAAGACGACCACGUGUCUGACCAUCACGUCUGACGGCAGAGAUGUUUUGACCUAAACGCUGACUGCUCCACUCAUUCCCUGGUCCCGGUCUCUCUCUCAGUGUCCCCGUGUGUCAUACCUGCUGCCAGCUUCUUGCUAUUUGCUCUUGAAAUGGUUUUGGGCCAACUCACUUUUCUUUGUCGUAUCGGUUGCAAUAGUCUGUUGGUUGUAGAUUCUCUAUUUGUUUGAGCAGAACCCGUCCGUUCGUCCGUCGGUGGAGCUCCAACACAUUCAGUUCUCCUGCAGAAUAAAGAAAAUAUUUUCUUCAAAUACAAA